GUUUUGCACUAAUCUGUGGAGAGCAUUGAGUAUCAGUACUUUUAUCGGUAUUCUGUCGGUAUUUAGCUCUGGCAUGUAACGAGCAUGGUUAGAAUAUGCGGGAUAGAACUUUGCCCUCAUUAAUUACGAUUUCCAAAUCGCCCUCGUCGGCUUCCUUCGCUCUGCCCUCUUAGUGCGGAAGUGUUGUCCUGCAGAGCAGCAGCAGCAGAGGCAGAGCUGCAAACUGUUUGGAUAAACACCUCCUCGGGUCGCCUGCGGCUUCUCCGGCCUCUCCGUCUUUACCGUCGGGGCCGUCAGCGCUCACUUUGACCGCAUUUCGCUGAAUUAUUAUGCGCUCACCGUCCGGCGGAGUGUGGUGAGACCUGCUUCAUGCUGAAAGCUACAGCUAAGUUAGCAUCUGAUGAUGAAGAUGGAGCUGCUUAGCCUGCCAGAAAGCUCUUAGCUUCUGCCUUUUUUCUCUAAAUGAGUGAGAAACCUUGAGCUAAACUGGACGUAAACCCGCAGAGAGUUCAGGUGUUUCCUUGAGUCAUCUAUAUGGGCCAUUUUCUCUCAAAAAAUGGUCUACGCCUGAAGAAGAGGACACGCAAGUUACAUCACAGGAAAAAGAAGAGGAACUGUUUCCUUCAGGGGCCUUGCAUGCUCUGCUUCAUCGUCCACAACAACAGCAGUGGUCUCGACGACGACGGUGACCACCUGGAGACCCGUGUCGACGGGUGCCGUCACAACAGCUUCGCUGGAAUCAGCGUGCCGGGCGUGGGCGAAGUCGGCAUUGGAGCGGCGGCUGCCUCGAAGCUAGCUGAGCGAUACGCGGCUCUGGCCUCACCUGAGGACUGCUCUAAGUUUCUGCUGUCACAAAGAGAACUUGCUAUCUGGGACGGCCAGGGGAGGAGUCUUUUGUCAGCUGUUCCUGCCAAGCUGAUUCCACCACCGGUGCUUUUCCGGACGGCUGGUGUGUCUGUGACCUUGCCCAUACCUGUGCCUGUGCCCGGCUGCACCAGCGAAUACACAGAGAUGGUGUGCAAGAGGAAGUGCUCAGAGGUGCACAGGUGCAACCCGUGCAAGCAGCCUCGCUGUGCCUUUGCUGCUCCUGACGGAGGGCUGGAGCAUGGGGGGGUGGGAGGAGGAGGUGCAGGGGAUGCUGCUGCGGACUCUGAAACUGGUCACAGCCACCUUCCCAUCUGCCCCAUUCCCUCUUCCUCUUCCACCUCUGCUUCCUCUUCCUCCUCCACUGCCGACGGCUGCUGCGGGUUGGCUCUUCGGGCCGAAUCACCUAACAGUUCAGACUCGUCCCCUUGCUGCCUGCAUCAUUAUGACGACUGCCAGGCGAGAAGUUCUGAUGUUGCUGAGCACCUAAGUAUCAACCACCUGCCUUCCUCCAUCCUUCUUAAGGUGCUGUCUCACUUGACAGUGAAGGAGCGCUGUCUUUGUGCCUCUCUGGUUUGCAAGUAUUGGAGGGAUCUCUGCUUGGACUUUCAGUUCUGGAAGCAAAUCGACCUCAGUGGCUUACAACAAGUCAACGAUGAUCUUCUUGUAAAAAUAGCUUCUCGGAGGCAAAAUGUGACUGAGAUUAACAUCUCGGACUGCAGGGGGGUCCAUGAUUAUGGCGUGUCCUCUCUGGCCUCCCACUGUCCGGGCCUGCAGAAGUACACAGCUUACAGGUGCAAGCAGCUGGGCGAUAUCUCAGUGACAGCUUUAGCAACACACUGCCCUCUCCUGGUCAAGGUGCAUGUGGGAAACCAGGACAAACUUACUGAUGCAGCAUUGAAAAAGCUUGGAGCAAACUGCAGGGAGUUGAAGGACAUUCACCUGGGUCAAUGCUAUGGGAUCACUGAUGAAGGCAUGGUGGCGUUGGCUCGAGGAUGUCCAAAGCUGCAGAGACUUUACUUGCAAGAGAACAAAAUGGUCACAGAUCAGUCUGUGCGAGCAGCAGCGGAGCACUGUCCCGAGCUGCAGUUUGUCGGCUUCAUGGGAUGCCCCGUGACCUCUCAGGGUGUCAUCCAUCUCACUGCGCUGCAAAACCUGAGUGUCCUGGAUCUCCGGCACAUCUCCGAACUGAACAAUGAGACGGUGAUGGAAGUGGUGAGGAAGUGUCGGAAGCUCAGCUCCCUGAACCUGUGCCUCAACUGGAGCAUUAAUGACAGCUUUGAUAGCCAUAGGCCAGUACAGCAGUACCAUAGAGACAGUGGAUGCUGGCUGGUGCAAAGACAUCACAGACCAAGGAGCCACACAGAUCGCUCAGAGCAGCAAAUCCCUCCGAUACCUGGGCCUCAUGAGAUGUGACAAGGUGAACGAGGAGACCGUGGAGAGGCUGGUGGUCCAGUAUCCUCACAUUGUGUUCAGCACAGUGAUGCAAGACUGCAAGAGAACCCUGGAGAGAGCUUAUCAAAUGGGCUGGAGCCCCAACACGUCUAACUCUUCGUAGCUACCGCUGCUACCACUUAAGCACACAGUUUUACAUAACACAUCCAGUUCAGUUAUCUGAGCUUCUCAUUCACCGUUCAGUCAUGCAUGUUAAUAUGUAGCAACACACUCAGACAGAAAAAAAAUCAGUCCAUCAGAGACAUUUAAGGUAACUCUCUAUGUUAGUUUGGUAUAUUAAUGAUGAACAAUACUUCACCACAUUUAGGUUGUGAUCCGAAACUACUUUUAAAGAUGUAAUUUUGCAUUUUUCUGCCUCAUGUUAAGACCACAAAAUUUCUUUCUUAGAUUCUUCUCAUCACCUUAGUUGUAGAGUAGAUGUAAGGGUGCAAGUGGUUUAAUUAGUUUUAAAUAUAUAUCUAUAAAUAAUAACUGAAUGAAAGAGAAAUUCUUACAUCAAAGAUAUUUAGCCAUAGUUAGACCAGAGUCAUUUUAUUUGAGAAUAGGUUAGAGAAAGGUUUGUUUCCUAAGAUGGAACCACAAGAUUAGAGCUCUUGCCCAUAUCAGUCCAUCAAGAUGUGCGAUUCCUCCAAACUGCUCAACUCAGCUGCUGGAGCAGGAAGAACACAUGGAGAAAAUAUAUUUGUCUGUCAACUGACCGCUUAUGUUCACGGGUCAAACUCAACUGCCAUGGCUGCGGACCUUAUUUGAGGCAUUUUAAGAAAAUUGUCGGAGGGGCCUUUUCUCUCCAUUUGUAUAAUAGUUUUCUUCUCUUUGGACAUCAGCGCAGUAUUAAAUGUUUUUUUGAUUCAUUGGGACCGUUGACGAGCCUCCAUGUGAGAGACAAAGGAAUUCGUGAAAGGAAUAGUCAUUUUUAUGCCAUUAGAAGGUCAUUGUGUGUCAUUUAAGAGUGCAUAUUUUUGUUUUUCAAAUCUUUGUUUCAGAGUGUUAGUGAUGUGAAUGAAAAACUGAGAUCUGUGUGACUUUGGGCUCUAUGCUGCGUUAUUUGCAGUGCAAAGAAUAAUUAUGACUGAGCAUCACAUACUCAUUUUGGUAUGAAAUUUAACAUUGCUUGAAGUAGAGGUUGCCUUUUUCCACAAAAAACAAAAACAAACCCUCCGGGUAAUAUCAUCAGAAUAUAACCAGCAGAAAAAGUGAAGCAGUUGUUAAUUACCAUCAGAUUAACGACCUGAAUUUCACUUUACUGAACUGUUUAUUUAAUGUGAGUUUAUAUGAAAGUAUAUUUGAUCUCAUAUAAACUGAAUAGGAUUUAUUUAGCCUACUAUUAGUUUUGAUUGUAUCCUUGUUAGCACUAGCUCUGUAAUGCAGUGAGCAAUUUACAUUUAUUUAGCCAAACACGUCGUAAACUCGUGUGUUUGCACUUCACAAAUAAAUCGGGACUCUUUGGACACAAGUUUAUGAGAAUCUUAUUGUGUGAUUUAUGUUUGUAUUUUAAAGAACUGAUUCUUGGGAUUUUAUAAUUCACAGGACUUACUGUUACAAAAUUUAGGGCUCAAAACAAUUGGAAUAGACUGGAUUGGAACGUAGAUUGGGGAAGAGACUAGAAAUAGAUUUUACUUACAUCUCAACCAUAACCAGUGAGAGCAACAGUAUAUUAAACCUCAGUCAAGAAAGUUAUGUUAAAACAAAUGGAACUUGGUGGAUGAGAAUUGAUCAUAUUUCAAGUAUUCAGUAGAAUCUCAGUACUGUACAGUUUAAUAGUCAAAGAAUCAGCUCAUUUAAACAUUGUUGGGAUUUAUUAAUGUUACCCAAAGGAAAAUUUGUCCUUGGGCCAUGUUUUUGAUCUUUUUAUUCUUUUUGUAAUCCCUGUAGGCAUUUCAUACUCUGCAAGAUGUUGAAAAAACUAAUUCCUGAAUUGCAAAGGCAACCAUAAAUGACUGGAUUUACAUAUUGAUAAAUAAAAACACUACAACUUCAA